UAUGCAGAUAAAAUUGACUGAAAACGAUGAUCGUUUGUCAACGGCUAUAAACUGUAGUGAACUAAAUGACCAUGGAGAUGACAAACAGCCAUAUAAAGCUUGUCAAACUGUCACCGGACGUUUGUCAUCACUGCCACGUUUAUCCAGGCGACGAGACAAACACGACACUACGGAUAAUGUAACGAAGUUAAAAGUGCCUUAUCAAAUACCGAAGAGUGAAGCGAUUAUGUUUGAAAAGACAAACAUCCCUCAGUAUUCAAGUUUCAAACAUAAUUACCAAUUAUCGCCUAGUGCGGACUGUUGCCGUUUCGAAAUUCCAAUGGAUAUUGUUUGUUUAUCGACGAUGGACCCUCUUAAAUAUAUUAGCGAAUAUUGCAAAGUUUGCCCAAGAAGGCAAAAUCUCUAUUGUACACUUUUCAACCGUCAUCGCUCAUUAAAAACUAACACAAUAAAUAAGGAUCAUAUCUUAUCGGCAGUUUGUCAAUUAAGAGGCGUCUCAAAGGCAUUUACUGAAAAUAUUUUAAAAUUGUUGGACGUUUGUCGAGACAUUCGUAUGGAUGAAUACGUCGCUAUUUGUGCAUUUAUCGAGAGAGUAGUUUGCGUUAACGAAGCCCACUCGAUAGGACAACAGCUUGAAAGGACUGCCCUAGAAGUAGUAGACUUCCAAAAUGUAAAAUCUCGACUACAAAAUGUCGAUUUAUCAGAAAAUAUGAGGAAAAUUUUAUCGAUAAUACAAGGCAAAAUUAAUUUGAUAAACUAG